AUGCAACUCUCACACUUUCUCUUCGUCGCCGGCGCCAUUGGCGCGGCGGCGCACCCUUCUGGGCACCACGUCCACCGCUCGGCCCACUUGAAGCAGCGCGAUGCGCUCGAGUUCGUCAAGACUGUCCACACCACCGAGGCGGCCAACCCCGCCGCCGCCGCCGCCGCCCCCUCGGCGUCACCCGCGGUCCUCAAGGAAUCUGCUACUCCCACGCCCUCUCCCUCCGCGUCGGCAGCGCCCGCCUACACCCCUUUCUGCGGCGCCAACGCUAAGGUGAAGCGUGCAACCCUGGGUCAAAUCCUGUAUGAAGGCAACACUGGAAAGGCCAACGGUUGCAAAUGGGGCUCCAACUUGAUGGUCGUCGACAACUCGAUAGCCGACAAGUACGACCGCGUCAUGACGUACACCAACCACGAUUCCGUUCCCUACCAGGUUAUCUGCGCCAACAAGAUCGGCCCUGACGGGGCCAUGACGCCCAUGUUCCCGACCGAUGGAGAACUCAACUUCUCAGUGGCGCCCGGUCAGACCAAGACCGUCGUCGCUGACAUCAACAGCCAGGGCACAUGCGCGUUUGCUCCCAACGAGAUCCCGAAAGCGGAGAACGGCCAGUACGCAGGGCUUUGGAUCGAGUUCGACGUCGGCAACACUAGCAACGGCGGGUGGUCGGGCGCCGACUGCUCGGCCCUGGUUGCUCAACACUAUGGUCUUUCUGUCCCGACGGGCUCCGUCUGCAACUUUGGCACCACAUACUGCUCGCACAUGCUCCCCGGCGGCACGGGAGAUAACGCAUACACCAAAGGCAUGGAGGCCGAGGAUGGUGUUGGCCUCAACUUGAACUCGCCCAAGGUCCACCUGGAGAUUUCCAUGGGCCAGUACUAG